AUGCGAUCCCAGCUAGCUAUCUGUCUUGCCCUCGUGGCCCUCGCUUCGACUGCCCUGGCAGCCUCUGCUCCUGCCACUCCCGCUGACCCCUCUGCGUCGCCCACGCCAACACCUCCAACCCCGUCAACAUCUCCGACUCCAUCAUCCCCGACCACUCCAACUGCCCCGACCACGCCCACCAUCCCUUCGGAUCCCACAACGCCCACCACCCCAACGACACCCUCGACACCCACAUCGUCCACCACAGCAGCCCCCGCCACCACCGUGUCCCCACACAAGAAGGCUGUUGUCACCCAUUACAAGCGCAAAAUCCACAGGCCAAAGAAGAUCACCAAGAUCCACCACAAGUUUGGAGGCAACCGGACGCGCCUCAAUUAA